AUGGCAACAACUUUAGAAGAUAAAUCAAUCUGGGAGGAUGGUGAAGAGGCGCUUAGUGAAGAAGUGCUGCGAAUGCCAACAGAUGAAAUCGUCAGCCGUACCCGAUUGUUAGACAAUGAAAUUAAGAUCAUGAAAAGCGAAGUAAUGAGAAUAUCUCAUGAAUUACAAUCACAAAAUGAUAAAAUUAAAGAAAAUACAGAAAAGAUAAAAGUUAAUAAAACACUGCCAUAUCUUGUAUCAAAUGUUAUUGAGCUGUUAGAUGUGGAUCCACAAGAAGAGGAAGAAGAUGGUGCAGUAGUAGACUUGGACUCUCAAAGAACGGGUAAAUGCGCAGUAAUCAAGACAUCUACCCGUCAAACAUACUUUUUACCCGUAAUUGGUCUAGUAGAUGCAGACAAACUUAAGCCAGGAGACUUGGUAGGUGUCAACAAAGACUCUUAUUUGAUCUUGGAGACUUUGCCAGCAGAAUAUGAUGCAAGAGUGAAGGCUAUGGAGGUAGAUGAAAGACCAACAGAACAGUAUUCAGAUAUUGGUGGAUUAGAUAAACAAAUUCAGGAACUUAUAGAAGCUGUAGUUCUCCCAAUGACACAUAAAGAAAAAUUUGUUAACCUGGGAAUUCACCCACCAAAGGGCGUACUGCUGUAUGGACCUCCCGGUACAGGGAAGACACUUCUGGCAAGAGCUUGCGCUGCUCAGACUAAGUCCACAUUCUUAAAAUUGGCUGGGCCUCAACUAGUGCAGAUGUUUAUUGGUGAUGGAGCUAAAUUGGUGCGAGAUGCAUUUGCUCUAGCUAAAGAAAAGGCUCCAGCAAUUAUCUUCAUUGAUGAAUUAGAUGCUAUUGGUACCAAGAGAUUUGAUUCAGAAAAGGCUGGUGAUCGUGAAGUCCAAAGAACUAUGUUGGAGUUGCUUAACCAGCUUGAUGGUUUUAGCUCAACAGCAGAUAUUAAGGUUAUUGCGGCAACAAACAGAGUGGACAUAUUGGAUCCUGCAUUGCUGAGAUCUGGUCGUCUUGACAGAAAGAUUGAGUUCCCACACCCUAAUGAGGAAGCCAGGGCGAGGAUCAUGCAAAUCCAUUCACGUAAAAUGAAUGUAUCUCCUGAUGUUAACUUUGAAGAAUUGUCCCGUUCUACUGAUGACUUCAAUGGCGCUCAGUGCAAGGCUGUUUGUGUUGAAGCUGGUAUGAUUGCACUGCGUCGCUCUGCCACCUCUGUUACUCACGAAGACUUCAUGGACGCCAUAUUAGAAGUGCAGGCCAAGAAAAAAGCCAAUCUCAGCUAUUAUGCUUAG